AUGCUGGCGGCGGCGCCCGGCACCGGCGGCUCGGAGCAACGCGACGGCGGCGGCGGCGGCGGCCGCUUCAGCGUCCUCACGUGGCAGCAGGUGCAGCGGCUCGACCAGAUCCUGGGCGAGGCCGUGCCCAUCCACGGCCGCGGCAACUUCCCCACGCUCGCCGUGCGGCCGCGCACCAUCGUGCAGGUUGUCCGUAGCCGCCUGGAGAAGAAAGGAAUCACGGUCCACAAUGUCAGGCUGAACGGCUCUGCAGCCAGCCACGUUCUCCACCAGGACAGCGGCUUGGGCUACAAAGACCUAGAUCUCAUCUUUGGUGUGGACCUCAAGACUGAAGACGUCUUCCAGCUCGUCAAGGAUGUGGUCAUGGAUUGCCUGCUCGACUUCCUCCCGGAAGGCGUCAACAAAGACAAGAUCACCCCCAUGACUCUGAAAGAGGCCUACGUGCAGAAGCUGGUCAAAGUGUGCAACGAGACCGACCGCUGGAGCCUUAUAUCGCUGUCCAACAACAGCGGGAAGAACGUGGAGCUCAAAUUCGUGGACUCGCUCCGGCGGCAGUUCGAGUUCAGCGUGGAUUCCUUCCAGAUCAUCCUGGAUUCGCUCUUGCUGUUCGGGGAGUGCUCGGAGAACCCCAUGGCGGAGAACUUCCACCCCACGGUCACGGGGGAAAGCAUGUACGGGGACUUUGAGGAGGCCAUGGACCAUCUCCGGAACAGGGUCAUUGCUACCAGGAACCCUGAGGAGAUCCGAGGUGGGGGGCUUCUGAAGUACUGCAACCUCUUGGUGAGGGGGUUUAAGCCCAAGUCUGAAGUGGAUAUGAAGGCACUACAGAGAUACAUGUGCUCCAGGUUUUUCAUAGACUUCUCUGACAUCGGGGAACAGCAGAGGAAGCUAGAGUGCUACCUUCAGAGCCACUUUGUUGGGAUGGAGAGCAAAAGAUAUGACUAUUUGAUGACCCUUCACAGGGUGGUCAAUGAGAGUACGGUCUGCCUUAUGGGACACGAGCGGAGGCAGACCCUGAACCUCAUUGCCAUGCUGGCUGUGAGGGUCCUGGCUGAGCAGAACAUCAUCCCCACGGUCACAAACGUUACCUGCUUCUACCAGCCAGCUCCCUAUGUCAGUGAAAUAAACUUCAACUACUAUGUCACCCACGUGCAGCCCUUCCUGCCUUGCAAUCAGUCCUACCCUACGUGGCUUCCCUGUAACUGAGCCAGGACUAACUUCAGGGUCUGUCCUCCAAGGUAUUUUCUUGCCUUGGGGAGUGGGGUGGGGGGGGAGCCUUCCCAGAACUGCAACGAGAGGCAACUUCUUGGACUCUUGCUCCAGCGCCUUGUCCCCGGGAUUUGGGGAGCAAGGGCUGUCUGCUGUACACUGUGAUUUGGAUGUGCAGUGUUAUGGAAACUAGAUGACCUGGGCGUUUACGGGGAGCCUUGAUCGCUUAUCGAAUUCUGUAGGCACCGGGGGAGGGUGGGGGUGUGAGGGAGAUUGUAGAAUUACAGUAAGGUAGAGCUGCACUGCCCUGAAACGGAUCUGGAUUUCUUUUUUUUUUUAGUGCAGGAGGUGUUAUGUGUGUGCAGACUUGUGGUUUCUGAAGCUAGAAGCCAGAGUGGCUAAUUCCUUUGAAGGACCAAAGAAUCCUGUAUAAGUGCCUGUAACAAUAUAAACACAACUGUACUGUAAACCUUAUACAAUUUUUUUUUUGCAGGGGUUGACAUCCCAAGAGCUUGAGGGGGGGAUGUCUCGAGAGGAAAAGAUGUGUUGGGUGGGGAGAGGAUCCUGAGAUCGCUUGUAGUCCCCUUGCUGAAGCAGGCCGGGGGCUGCAGGUUGCUGAGGCUUUGGGCAGCAGUCGCUGCCUGGGAAGGACCAGCUGCAACGGGGAGCUGGGGCGGCCGAGCUGCAUGAACCGGGGUGGGCUUUGGAUGAGCAGCUUCGUGCAAGUGCCCCCGGCGGGGAGGGAAGGGGCAUGGAGGCGAAUGCCGUGCGGAGCUUCCUGGAGAAAAGGCAGCAGGGACCUACGUGUGGAUUUACCUAAAGCUCCUGAGUCUGCAGUGCCAAAAUGUCGUGAUGUACAUAAUGCGGCAGGAGAUCUGUCCAGGAGCCUGCCCUAGGCUACUGUACAUAACUGUAUAUUUUCUAGGGGAAUUUGAAAUGCUGCUUUUUCCUUUUUUUUUUUCUUUGGCAUGCAAUGUGGUUUUAAUGCACAAAGGCAGGGGCCAGCUGAGUGGUUGGGGAAGAUGAGGCUUGUCCUUGAAGCACAAACCAAGUGGCCAACGGGGCUGGAGCCCGUGCUCUUCAUAGUGGAAUUCUUGGACUCUGGACCUUUCCAGACCCUGGCCUCCUGUGGCCUGAAAUCUUCCCUCUGCCUUUGGGCAGGUCCUGUCUUCAAAAGCAGCCGAUUUCCACCUGUGUGAUUCCACAUGUGCACAACAGCGUUUUGAAUUCAUUCCUAGUUAGAAAAGGAACCUGGGGGGGGUUGUGCAAAAGUCCGUUGGCCUUAGGAAAAAAAGUCUUCUCCAAACAAACCCUUGUGUGCAGAGGGCUUGGCUAUCUGAGUCAAACAUGGCUUUGAAGUUGAUGGGUGUCCAGAGCACAAACAGUCCUUUGCUGAGAUGCGUGGUCUGCAGAGCCCAUUCGUGUGGAACAUCAUCUCGGUUUAACUAUGCAUGGUUGGAGAGGUGGGAAAGCAACCCGGCAUUCCCUAGAUAUGCUGCUCUGGGAACGCCGUGACCUCAUGGUGCUUCCUCCAAGGCUAACAUACUUGAGUAUCUUUACUAACUUGUUUCUUUUGUUUUUUUUUUUUGUUUUUUUGUGACAAAACUGUAAUAGCUGGGCAGACUGAACACUCUAAUAAAGACUAGCUACUUGGAAUGUG